AUGGAUUACUUCUCACAAUACUUAACUGGUGGAGAAUUCAAAAGUUUUGGAGAUAGUAUUAUCUCAGAGUUAGAUGCCAUUAAGUACUGGAAUGAUUUCCCCAUUGGACACAAAGACAAAGCAAAGGUGGAGUUUAUUGAUGUUGUAGACGCGCCACAACAAGAAUAUAGUCUUGAUAGAGGGGAUUGUGGAGUAUUUGUAUGCAUGUUUAUGGAAAUGAUUGUUUCAGGGGUACCAGUGAAGAUUUCUAUGGCACAUAGAGAUGCGGUAUUUCUUUACAGACAUAAGAUGACAAAUAUUAUUUGA